AGAACUCACGUCAACUCAUAAAACACGGACGUGUAGCAAAGGCGUUUCUUGGUGCUCUUGUUUCAGGUGAAUAAUAGUGCAUUAAGCCAAACAAACAUACGACUCACUUUUGUUAGAUUACAACUACUAAACGCUGUUUUGUUUGGUGUUUUGCGUCAGUUUCGCCCGCACCUACCUCCGCGAUUCUCUGGGGAAUAUUUUACAAAGAAGGCUCGUUCGGGUUCAACAUUAUUCCAAAUGUAAAAUGUUUAGGUGUUGACGAGAUUCCCUCUCUUUGCUGUCGGUUUUCGCCUUUAGAGUCCUUUUGGAACAAUGCCAGCAACUUUGGCACUCAACUGGUCUUGGAUUCGAGUAAAUUUGCCAGCUUGUCCGAAAUUGUCUAACUGUCAUCACGCACUCAGCUACUUUGUGGACCGAAGGUGACGAUUUUAUGCUCGCAAAGAGCCAUCUUCAAGAAUGGUUGCUAGGGGGGCAGAUGCUCAGAAUGAGAGGGAAGAGUCAGAAGUUCAUCAGAUCCAGCGGUCCCAAGCACCACCCUACUCCUCCAGCAAGUCUCCGUCAUGGGCCCCCGCUGAGGACUUGCAGCUCUUCACCACCACCUUUCAGCACCUACACACCUCUGGUUGGUACUGGGGUGGCAUGGCUGCAAGUGAGGCAAGGGAUACCCUCACUGGUGCAUCAGAAGGGACUUUCCUUGUGCGUGACAGCAGUCAUCCACUCUACCUCUUCACCCUCUCAGUAAAGACCUGGAGAGGCCCAACUAACAUCCGCAUAGAAUACGACAGUGGCCGUUUUCGUCUUGAUUCCAGUAUUCCAGCACGAUCUUCCCUGUUGUCCUUUUCUGCUUUUCCUGGUCUUGUGCAGCACUAUGUAUCCCAUAGUCAAGGGAAGGAGGGAGAGAGGAUAGCAGAAGAACAUCAAGUGGUAUCAAAGGACAAUGCAGUCCUGCUCAAACUCAGGAAGCCUCUUUACAGGCCAGAUGCCUUUCCAACAUUGCAGCACCUCGCACGCCUCAUUAUAAACAGACAGAGCGAUUGCCAUACACAGCUGCCACUGCCACGCCCACUGUUGCUUUACUUGCAAGAGUACCCCUUUCAGGUGUAAAGACACUUGAGGAGGACAUUGAUGCAUUUUGGGGGGUUAGUCCUUGCAAAUUUACAGGUGAAUUACCCACGAAGCUUAAAAUCAGCAAUAAUGUUUUGCGGGGUCCUGUUAUGAUUGGCAUUUAUAAUAGGACUUGAAAAAGCAGAUGAAAUGCAAAGGACCACUUUGAGUUCAUUUUUGAAAUAUUUGUAAAUAUUUCUAAUUUUUUUUUUUUUUUUUUUUUAGUAAAGCAAAAUGUUUCUAUGAUGUUUGUAUUUCCCUGUAUUCAUGGGGCUCCAACUCUGCACACAUACAACCAUUCCCAGCAUUGAGUUCAAUACCAAAACGUACAUAUUCUGUACUGUAUUCUGACAACACAAGUGAGUGUCUAUUAAAGUGUACUUCUCUCAGAAAGCAAUUCAGUAAUUUUAGGAACAAUCAGUCAUCAAAUACUGAAAUAAUUAUCCCAAUCUUUUAAAGCUCUGUUUAUACAGUUUAAUUUUAAAACUUUUUCAUUUAGAGUGAGAAGCACAAUUACCACCUCUUCUAAAAGCCACCUUACUAAAGGUACACAGAAAUAUGAGUGUUUAGUUUGUGUUUAGAUAUGCUAACUUGUUUUAUACUGUUGAGAUAUUCACAUUUUAUAUUGUAGCUCUUUCUGUAAGAAAGGACAUACAUAAUCUAAUUAUGACUGAGGCAGAUGUUGAAUUUGAAAGAAAUGCAAUUAUGCAAUUGUUUAAUAUGAACAGAUUUCUAUUUAUCACAUACAUAAGAAGAAAUACAGAUUGCUACUUUGAGCAGGGAAUUUUGGCACCCGAGAAAGCUUCUUUUCAGGAUUAGUCCAUGAGGUUCAUGAGGGCUAUUAUUACACCAGUUUAGGAGAAGGUAUAGUUGCAUCCUUCAAUAAACACACACAUAUGCAUGUAUAAACAUAGGCACAUAUUUUGCUUGAGCACAUAAUGACAAACAACGCAUAUACUGUAGCACAUAGGUACAGUGAAUACCUUAUAAUUGAACUAAUAAUGCACUUGCUGACAGACAUGGACACAAAAACGUUUGUAUAGUAAUGAAGACUUGUUCCUAAAUAGCACAAUGAUGGCAAAUAAGUAGGCUUUAUAUCAUAGUCAAAUACUUAAUAAACAGGGCCAUGUUUAAGAUGUAUUUUUAAGUUUAAUAGCUUGGUAUAGAGCUGUUCAGAAGUCAAUUUGUAGACAAAUGGCAACAAGUUGCUAGAUAAGGACUACAAAUACCAGAAGCAUGUGAGUGAAGGUGCCUGACAAAAAACAAAAACUGAAGUAGUCCUUAUCUAGCAACUUGUUAGCAAGGUACUGUUUUUACUCACAUUUGGGGUAUAACUGUGUGUAAUUUAUGUUGAAGAACAAAAUGUCCUAAUAUUUUAACCUUUUUUUUUUUUUCUUUUUUCCACAGACCUUAUUUUACUUAUAAAUGACAGGAAAAACUGCCAUUAUAAAAAACAUAGGAAAUUGAAUUAUGCCAGCUAUGUACUCUCAUUUGACAGUGUGGAAUAUGCUGUCAUUCCAAAGCGCAGUUCAUCUGUUUUAUACUACAUUAAAAGUGCUGUAAGUGAUUAUAGCGUUCGGAAGCUUUCAGGUGACUGAUCCAUUGAAUUAGCCACGCCCCUCAUUCCAAAACCCCGCCCCCCAACAAUCAUUUUGAGACCAAAACUGACUAAAAGAGCAGCAUUGUUUGUUCCUGUGGCUGUCAAAUUCAACAGUGGCACAAUAGCGCCCUCAAAUGACAAACAUUAUUAAUCCUAGCCUGAAUAAUCCGACGUAGUCGACUUCAAUGAUGCACUGGACUGUAAUUUUGUUUGACAGGUUAUAUUAGCCUGGUGGCUACUAAAUGUUAGUAGUUUAACUACUGCCGGUAGACAUCUGUGUCUGUAUAAGCUUUAAUGUUUAAAUUCGUCCAUAUAACAAAUGUUAUUUUCUCUCUGAAAGCUUCAAAAUUUUGAGUUUAUUUGAAAUACUGGAUAUAUGCACUGUUUUGUAUUUUAUCUCCACGAAACUACUUGUGCCGUAUUGUAAUCUACUAUUGCAUUUUCUUCUUUUUAUUCUUGUCAUCUUAAGUAUAUAAGACAUGUUAUACUAAAAUAAGAUUUUAAUCCCAAAUCAAAUUAAAGAAGAUAUACAACUGUGUAUGUUAUCGAAACAGAAUCAAACGAAUAAUAAUAAUAUAUAUAUAUAAUAUUUAUCAUCCAUACCAAACUAAUUCACUCCAAAUAGUCAGCAGCCUUUCAUAUUCUUUAGAAGACUAAAAUCCCUUAAGCAGUAGUUAUUAAUACACAAUACUAUUAACAUAAAAAAAGUUUAAGGAAAUGCAAUCAUUAUUGCACUCUCUCAUUUUUUAUUUACUCAUAAUGCUACAUACACACUGAAUAAAAUGUUUGCAUAAAAAACAUCCAGUAUAUCACGACUCCGUCCAUUUAAACAUGGAUUUAUUUAUUUUAUUUUUUUUAAAAUUCUAUAUGCUUUAUUUAGUAACAAAUCACACAAUAAUCAAAUAUAAAUAACAAUAAUAAUAAUCCCAAGAAAAUCAGUAAAAAAAAAAUAAAAAAAGUAAAAAAAAUGUAAAAACAAUGAUCAUAAAAUACAGAUAAUAAUAAUACAAAUAAAUAAAUAAAAUAAACAACAAAAUAACACAAAAACGAAGAACUAUAUACACAGGGGUAUUGAAAUCAAAUCCAUAUCUCUAAUUACAAAAUAAAUACAAAGGUCCUUAAAAAGGAUAACAUUUCAAGGCUUUACAACAAUCUAGUCUUUUUUGCCUUGGUGUUCCUUACACCCUCCAAUGCUUUAAGAUACUGACAAAGCUCAAACUUAAACUGUACAAAACUAGGUGUAUUUUUUUACCAUUGCCAUUGAUG